CAGAAAGAGGAUGUGUCUUGUCUUCCUUAGUUUUUUCUGACUUCAUGGCACCGAGAGAGAGGCUGCUACUGUUAACUUGUCUCUUAGAUAUAAUUUCUGACAGGAUGUAAAAAAAGCCGAACAGGCUUUGUUCUGACGUUUCGGAAGGCAGUAUUCGUCUCAGCUUUUAGACCCACGCUGCGCUUUUACGCACAAGUCUUGAGACACCACGUCAGAGAGAGAGAGCCGAGUGCCGUGCCAGACUUCGCUGUGUAGAGGAAGUAUUGCUGUAGGUUCAAGAUGAUCCUGCUGCUCGCUCUGCUUUCUGUUCUCUGCGGAGAACCGGGUUUGUGCCUGGAGGAGGAUGGAGGCUUCACGUUUAAUGGAGACAUCCGUCAGUUCGCCGUGACCUCAAACACACUUUACGUCGCCACAAAGGAGAGGCUGUACCAGCUGAGCCACGGCCUGAGUCUGAUCAACAGUCUGACCCAGAGAGGAAUCUUAAAGACCGGAAACCAGCAGGAUGAUGUCCAGUUUUACCGGGUUUCUGAGGCAGCUGAGUGGAACGCAACUUUCAGCAUCAACGUGCUGUUGCCAUUCACAAAGAAUGACUCUCUGAUCAGCUGCGGUGUGACUGACGAUGACUGCGGUUACUGCGAGAUUCUGGACCUGAAGAACAUCUCCAACCUUCUGUACAGGGAACACUUCCAGGUGGGACCUCUGAAGAACAGCAGCAGGUCUGUCAGCUUUCUGGUGGAUGUGAAGAAGAAAACUCAGACCGACGCUUACAUUCUGACCGCGAUCCAACAAAACAAAGAACAGCCCGAAAACAACAAGUGUGGUAUCAAUCAGCAGGCUGUCAACCUUCAGAAUACGGAUAACAAACAGGGUGGAGGUAUUUUUUCUGUGACUGAUGGAGCUUCGGGCGAACCUGGGAUCAAAAGUAAAGGUGACGUGGAGUUUGUUGACGGGUUUCAGAUCAGUUCAACCAUCUAUCUGUUCUCCAACGUGCUCUCAGCUCGAACAAACAGAGUCCGUCUCAUUUGGCUCGAAGGCGAUAAAAGUAAAACUGACACACUCAGGUCUCUGCGGGGCGCGACUCUCAGUGUCUCUAACGGUGAACGCAGCAGACUCGUGGCCUCCUCGGUCAUCCCGGGGGAGCAGCCGGUGCUUUGGAGCGGCGUGUUCAGUAUCGAUGGAGGAGACACCGACACCGAGCUGAUGGUGUUUGACAUCAGCCCUGAUUACAGCACGAACACCGACAGAGAUCCAGACUUCUACACCUCUGCGCCAACAGAAGCGACGCCAAAGAUCCUGAAACCGAAGGCAGUGCUCUUCAGGCACAGCUCCAUGACCUCUGUGCUGGCAGUGAGGCAGAGAGGCUGGAUGGUUUUCUUCAUUGGGACAGGAGACGGGCAGCUCAUUAAGCUGUCUGUGGACAGGAACUAUCACGCUGGCUGUCCCACGGUGCUCUACAGGACCAGUGAUGACCGCAAAGUGUUUCCCAAAUUACAUCUGGAUCCAGUGGAUCAGAAACAUGUGUAUGUGCCAUUUAGUAACCAGAUAAAGCGAGUUCCUGUGUCGAAGUGCAGCACGUACACAAAUCUGCAGGAGUGUUGGUCUGCACAGGAUCCAUACUGUGUGUGGUGUAGCUCUAAACGCAGCUGCACAUUUGAAGAUGACUGCACAGAUUCAGACUGGCUGUCCAUUCCUGAUGAGUCCCAACACAAAAUGAUUUCCCACAGAGUAGAAAAGGACACAACCGGACAGGUGCAGCUUACAAACACACUCGGGACUGUAACCAUUUGUGGCUUUCAGUUAUUUGUCAGUUUUGUUCUUCAUUUUCAGAUCUCACUAAAAGUCCACGCACACCUGACUGUGGGUGAAGAAGUGUCAUCGAGGUUUGCCUGUCAGUUUGCUGCAAGGUCUGGCUCGAUUUGUGUUUCGAAUAGCCCUCCUCCACAGUUCCCACAUUGCACCUGCAUCCUGUCUGAUCGUACACUUCCUGCUGAUGGCCUUGAUGUCACAGUAAAAUUCAGACUUGGGACAUCACCACUGUCACAACGACUGAGGUUAAACGACUGCUCUAACAUCAGGGGAGCGCCAAGUUUCGUGUUGUGUCAGGAGUGCAUCAAAGCUGGUUGUGGAUGGAACAAAAACAGCUGUUCCUGGGCUAACCAAGGAAAGACUGAUGACAGAGCUUGCAACGAUUUGGAGUCUGGGAAGAAAUCUGGGCCGGAGAUCUACUCCAUCACUCCCAGUGUGGUGUCUUUCUAUGGGAGUAACCAUGCGGUGUUAUCAGGUCAAAACCUUGGUUUUGUAACACGAGUGAGGAUCCAGACGCAUGCUGAAUGUACUCCAAAAGAGUCUCCUAUUUGGGACAACGCUGGCGUCAGUCUGACGUUCCACAUUCCCAGCACAGAUAUCAAAGGUGUGGUCCGUGUGUGUGUUAUCCUAGAAGAUGGUAGUUGCCAUGGUGACGCCAACAUCACUUACCGCUCAUUGCCAUCCUGCGGCAACAUUACUCCAAGCAGCAGCUGGAUGAGUGGGAAGAGGAAGCUCACACUCAUGGGGUCACACCUGGAGGUUGCUGAAGGAGUGAAACACAGCCACACCAAGCAGGACGUCGAGCUUCCCAGAAACAGCAGCUAUCAGUCAAAGUCCUUGCAGAGUCUCACCUAUGACACACCUGCAGCUGAAAAAACUUUGAGCAGCAGUGUGUCUUUGAAAGUAGCCAAUCAAACCUUGGCCUGCUCCACAAACAUCACCUACUAUCCGGACCCUGAGUUUACCAGCUUCACGGCUAUAAGAACAGGGGAAGAUGUACGCGUCACCAUACAGAAAAAGUCAGACAACCUGGAGAUGUCAAAAGAAGAGUUAUCAGUGUGGGGCGUUCAAGACAAACAGGAACACCCCUGUAUCCUGGAGGCCAAAGAGAUGGAUUUAUUUAUCUGUCGGAUUAAAAGGCCACCCAACACAGAAUUUUAUGACUUAAAGAUAAAGUAUGGUGACAAGACAGUGAGCCUCAGUAAUCCUCCACCACACAGUGUCUUUCCAAUAGUACUUUCCCUGCUGAUACCCGGUAUUCUUGCUGUGUUGUUGGCCAUCUAUCUGUGGCGGAAGAGUCGCUCGGAUAGGAAUGGGUUUUGACCACCGAUGCCCGUCUCUGUAUUCAAGUGAUAUUAUAUUUGAAGUCUUGAUGUCUGUUUUUCCCCUCUCUUGGGAUUAAUUUCUGUGUUGUUUAAUUCAGGUGUAUUUAUUUUUUUAUUUUCAAAAAAAAUUUCAGGUUUCUCAAUUUUGGUUGAUUGGCAACCUCAUAAUUCGACCUUAACUCAAGGUAGUUUAUGAUACUGUAGGUUAACGUUCGGUGUGCGUUCCAGUUGUUGUAUAUAUUUAUUAAUUUUAUAUAUGUUUUAU